CUUUGUAGUUUAGAGUUGUGGAGAAUUGUGGGGAUUGUAGUUCGUUCCACAGUUGAGUGACGCACCCGGAAGUAAACGUGGUAAAGAAGAGAGGUCACUUUGCUUCUGUUUUGUAAUGUUUUGAUUCAGCAACACUGCUGAUAAUUAUGGAAGCAACCAAAGCAGAGGAGCCCUUCCUGAGGCAUGUUGAGACGGAUGUACUCAUCCCCAAGAUGGUGAGGGAGAAAGCCAAGGAGCUCUGUGCUGAAAAGGUUACAGCGUUCAACCACUGUUGUAAAGAGACUGGUUUCCUGAUGGUGUUCAAGUGUCGGGAUCAGAACGCUGCCCUGAAGGAGUGUCUGACCGUACACUACAGAGACUCUGCGUUCUUCGAGGAGUGCAAGCAGGAGUACAUCAAGGAGAAGCUGGAGUUCCAGAGGACCGGGGUGGCGGCUAAGAACCGCUCACAAAAACUACCAACCAGCAUGUAGGUUCCAAAUUGACCCCUGACCCCCUGAACAUGUUGCUUCCACCUGUCCAAUCCUCUCAGAUCUACAGGAUUGGUUUGGUAGCAGGGGCUAGGGGUCACGGAGGGUGGCAGGGGGAGUGAGGGCUACUCACGGGGCUUUACAGUGUGUGUAUUGUACAUCCGGUUCGGGGUGCUCAUUGCCCCAACGGGAAGAACUAGAUCAACGAAGGGGCAGGAGACAGGAGGACAUCCUAGGCCCUAAGUGACCUGUGUAACGACUACGAGGCUGGUUGGCAAGGUGUGUCUAAAGGCCUCCGUUCACCUGUAUGUAGGGAAAAGGAAUCUCUUACAGAUACGUGUCCUCAACAAAUCACACUGUCCUCAACAGAGUCUCUCUAGUUGAUCUGAUCUAACAGUCAGGAUGGAAAAUCACACUGUCCUCAACAGAGUCUCUCUAGUUGAUCUGAUCUAACAGUCAGGAUGGAAAAUCACACUGUCCUCAACAGAGUCUCUCUAGUUGAUCUGAUCUAACAGUCAGGAUGGAAAAUCACACUGUCCUCAACAGAGUCUCUCUAGUUGAUCUGAUCUAACAGUCAGGAUGGAAAAUCACACUGUCCUCAACAGAGUCUCUCUAGUUGAUCUGAUCUAACAGUCAGGAUGGAAAAUCACACUGUCCUCAACAGAGUCUCUCUAGUUGAUCUGAUCUAACAGUCAGGAUGGAAAAUCACACUGUCCUCAACAGAGUCUCUCUAGUUGAUCUGAUCAGUCAGGAUGGAAAAUCACACUGUUCCUCCUAUUUCAGAAUGAUCAAUAAAGUUUUGUUGUUGAUG